AUGACGAAGACGCAGAAUGUGUCAGAUCAUUUUCACGAUGCUUCAGUUCCUAUAGACGGCAUGCCAAGGGAGCUUAUAGAAACAUCUAUCAACAAGGAAGUGGACGCCGAUUUACCCCCGAGUCAGAAUUUUGGGACUUUCGCUACAACCAAGUUCGAUCCAGCGAUAUCAAGGCUAGUUCUCCAAAGCGUUUCUCGCAACCAGGCAUGUGUGGAAGAGUACCCAUCUAUAGCCCGGUUCCAGCAGCGAUGCGUCUCGAUUCUGGCCAACAUGUGGAAUGCGCCUUCGGCCGAUUCUGCUUGGGGAAUUGCCACGACAGGAUCAAGCGAAGCAGUCCUACUUGCCGGCCUAGCUUUCAAACAUCGCUGGCUGCUCAUGCACACGCAUCAGCCUCAGACUAAUAUGAACGUGAUCAUUGGUGACAACGCACAUCUUUGUGUCAGGAAAUUCGCAGAUUAUUUUGACGUCGAGGCCAGAGCUGUGCCCGUGAAUGAGCAGUCGGGAUUCGUAUUCGACGUUGACCAACUCAGGGACAAACUCGACAGGAAUACAAUCGGUGUGUUCCUUACACUUGGAAGUACCUACACGGGUCAUUUCGAUCCCGUCGAGAGAGUCUGCAAAAUUCUUGAUGAAUUCGAGCUUCAGACAGGCCACAACAUCCCAGUUCAUGUUGAUGCUGCCAGUGGUGGCUUCAUAGCCCCGUUUACAUCUGGUAAUGAAAGGUUUUUAUGGGACUUCCGUCUGCGUCGGGUGGCCUCCAUCAAUACCUCAGGGCAUAAAUUUGGCCUGACACCACUUUGUGUUGGUUGGUUGCUAUGGAGAGAUAAGUCCCAUAUCCCAAAGAGUCUGCUUCGCGAGUCGUCGUAUCUUCGUGGCACGCAGACUGCCUUUACGCUCAGUUUCUCCAGGUCGGCAAUGCCCAUCACUGCUCAGUACUUCAACUUCUACAGCAAGGGGAUGAAUGGAUAUAGAGCGCAUGUGAAUGAUUCUUUGAUAAAAGCACAAGUUCUCAGCGAAAGGUUGGAAAGUACUGGCUAUUUCACAUGUUUGAGCGACAUUCAUCGCAAAGCCCGUCGGAGCAAGACUAUGUGCGACUCGCAUGCCCGGGAGUCCGAUUCAUUCAACCCGGGACUUCCGAUCGUCGUUUUCAGAUUACUCCCUGAUGUAAAGAAGAGACAUGCGGACUUGACGCUCUCUGUUAUCAGCGAUGUCUUGUACGAUAUGAAUAUUUCGAUUCCUAGUUUUACGCUUUCGGGCUGGGGAUUCAAUGGAGAGGAUAUUGAAGUCAUGAGAAUUGUGGUGCGCGAGGAGUCCACGGCUGAUGAGAUGGCAAAUAUUCUCCGACAUUUGCUCGAUGCCGUGAAAAGAUUGGCAAGCAAGGAUGUGGAAUGCGUUCAACAUAUUUAG